CGACUCUCCCCACCCUCCGUUCCCUCGUCGGGGCAGGACCACUGAACAAGCUAAUAGAACACUUGUCUCGGGUGGUACUUCAUACCCUUCACAACCGUGACUGUCAACCUAUGAUUUGAAAUGUGGCUCCUCAGUACAGAUCGCGCGGAACUGCACUUCUUCGUGACCCCGGAGGAUAUCAAGGAAGGCUACGCCAUCCUCUCCCAUGUAUGGGGCGAUAAGGAGCAGUCAUUCCAAGCGAUUCGUGCAUUGCAGGAGAGAUGCGAAGCUGACCAUUCCAACCCUCGCGACCAGGCAAUGGACAAGAUACGGCUGUCUUGCGAAAUCGCGGAGUCUCACGGGAUGCGGUGGAUCUGGAACGAUACGUGCUGCAUUGACAAGACGAGCAGUGUCGAUGUCUCCGAGGCAAUCAACUCGAUGUACAGAUACUACUCCCUCGCGAAGGUGUGCUACGCCUAUCUUGCAGACGUCCCUAGCUCCGACGAAGUCAGUGACGACUCGUCCGCCUUCCGCGGUAGCAAAUGGCACGAGCGAGGCUGGACCCUACAGGAGCUUCUCGCGCCUCGAUUUCUCGUCUUCCUUUCGCGGGAGUGGAUGGUGCUUGGAACCAAGUACGAGCUCGCCUCCGUUUUGACUGCGGUGACAAGGGUCCCACAAGCCGUGUUGAUGCAAGAAGUUCCAAUAACCGAUAUGAGCGUCGCCGCUCGGAUGGCGCUUGCAGCAUAUCGCCAGACGACGAGGCCAGAGGAUAAAGCAUACUCACUCAUGGGUAUCUUCGACGUGAACCUUCCGCCGCUCUAUGGAGAAGGUCUCAAGCGGGCUUUCUGGAGACUCCAAGAAGAGAUUAUGAAACACACUCCCGACACCACGAUCUUUGCGUGGCCAGGCGGCGGGAUUCUGUUGGCGUCUGCGCAAGGGCAUUCCGAAACGCCUCCUCUCAGCGAAUUCCAUCCGAUGCAUGUGUCCCACGACAAUCAUUGCAGUUCUCUUCUUGCCGAGUCGCCUUACGAUUUCAAGGAGUGCCACGACGUCCAAUUCGAGCCAUACAGUCCUCAGGACAACCCUUUCACUGUACUGGGACCUACUGUGAGUUCUCCUUUAUCAAGCACGUAG